GGGCGGCGCGGUGGGGGCCGGGGCUGCCGGUAAGUUGGCGGCGCGGUGGCGGCGGCCCCGGGGGAGCGGGUGCCGCGCGCGCUCCCAUUGGCCGCCCCGCCGUCAGCUGCUCCUAUUUUCUGCUGUCGCUUUUGGCGCUCGGCCAUCCAGAAACAAACCACUUCGAUGACUCCUAAUAGUUAUCGCCAGAUGUACUAAUACACAACAAAUCACGGUCCGGGCAAGGGGGAAGAGCAAAUGAGUUCCUAUUUCGUGAAUCCCACUUUCCCGGGGAGCCUGCCCGGGGGCCAGGACUCUUUCCUCGGGCAGAUCCCCCUUUACCCGGCGGGCUAUGAUGCUCUCAGGCAUUUUCCGGCUUCAUACGGGGCAAGCAGCCUGCAGGACAAGACUUACACCUCACCUUGUUUCUACCAACAGUCCAACACCGUCAUUGCUUGCAAUCGGGCUUCCUAUGAGUACGGAGCCUCUUGUUUUUAUCCGGACAAGGAGAUUAGUAGCGCUUCUCCCUCCAGCAGUGGCAAACAGAGGGGGGCCGGGGACUACCUGCACUUUCCUCCCGAUCAACAGUACAAAUCCAGCGGCAUCCAAGCCAAAAUUGUAAAUGACGAAGGCACCGACCGGAAGUACACGAGUCCUGUUUACCCCUGGAUGCAGCGGAUGAACUCCUGCGCUGGUACAGUAUAUGGAACUCAUGGGAGACGAGGGAGGCAAACUUACACCAGAUACCAAACGCUAGAGUUAGAGAAGGAAUUUCAUUUUAACAGAUACUUAACCCGAAGACGACGUAUUGAGAUUGCAAACGCUCUCUGCCUUACUGAACGCCAGAUUAAAAUAUGGUUUCAAAACAGGCGGAUGAAAUGGAAAAAGGAAAACAAAUUCAUAAAUUCCACACAGCCCAGCAGCGAAGAAACAGAGGAAAAGUCAGGGGAGUAGAACCACCUUUAAGAAAUGCUACCAGGCCUUUCCUUAGCUCUUACUAUUCCUAUUACAUACUUUGUGUUCCUUCUGCUAGUAAAAUCCUGUAGGUUUGUCACAGUCUAUUAAUUCCUCAAAGGCUUGGUUAAAAGAUGUACCUUUGCAAUCAUCUGUGACUUUCUUUAAUAUAUGUGGAAGUCCUAGCUUGCGAGCUACAGGCACAUAUGUAUAUAACCACCUCCCCAAAGCAUAGAUAGCAUUGCUUAAAGUCUUAGAGAAAUGGCCCAGAUUUUUAAAUGUUUGCGGUAAGCAUCUGUGUGUGGGUGAGUGUCCCUGGUGUACCUGUGCGAGAAGAGAUCAGAGAGGGAUUUUUAAUUUUUUUUUAAUUAACAAUAUUCAUAUUGUAGAAAUACGAGAGAUUUUAGAAAAUGUUGGGUUUCUGGUUUUGCUAAGUCCCGCUACGUCGGGCCAUCUCGUUAUGCUAUGUUUGGGAGCUUAUGGUCUGCAGGGGAGGAAAAAAAGUUUUAUGCAUGUACAAGAUAUUUAAAAAGCAAAAAGGAAAAGAAAAAUCCUUUAAAAAAAAAUAAACCCCUGAGUAUAAUCUUGCAGUUAAAGCGAAGAUGAAUUGCAGAGAGAUUUAUUUUAAAUGCCGCUAAACUGCCUAAUGUGCACUACUGGUAUUAAAGUAAAAACUCGGCGUUAAACUUCAGGGGAAUCGAGGGAAGAGGUUUUGAGGCUGGCGAAUUUCUGUGGUUCCCGUUGAGCUUACACUGAGGUUUCGGUGAGCUCAGCUAUACACUGAAGGGGCUUUGAAUUAUGGACUACAUUUCUUGGGGCUUCGGGGGCUUGGGUCGAUCUUUUUUAUUUUGUUUUCUUUAUUUUUAAUUAAAAGAAAAUUGUCUAUCAUUAAGGCGGUGAUCUUCUUCCCCGCUUGUGUGGUAUCCUAAUUUACAUUCGCAUUUCUUAGCACUGGAAACAAAAAAUAAAUAGAUACUGUAGAGAAAAGUAGCUGCCAUAAGAGGCUUUCACUUCGCGUUCUGUGCAAGUAAAAUGAGCUCAGCGAAAAUAUUGAUUAAUAUAUAUGUUAUAUCUAUAGUAUGUUGUGUGUGCGUGAGUGUGCGUGUGAAGCUGUGUACAAAUACGUUUGUAUAUGCAUC